CACACGCGCAUGCGCACACGAGCUGAUCGCAUCAUAACAGUGAAAGCUGUAGAAGCUGCAGUCGGUAAAUUGCCUGAAACUACCCGCUUUCGUUGUUCGUUCUAUCCGGUGUGUGCUGAUGGAGAGAUGCAGUAGUGUUAGCAGUGGUGGUAGCUACAGUGCCUCUUCCAGUAGCUGUAUUGGAUCUGCUCCAGCCCCACCGAAGCCUGUUUCCCCUUCCUCUUGGAGCUUCAACAGUAUAGCCAUGGUGGAUGUAAGCAAAUGGCCCCUAUUCAGCCUUAUGAGUGCACAGGACGCCGCCUCAAUACGUCAGGCAUGUGUGUUUGGAACAUCCGCCAACGAGGCGAUCUACAUCACCCAUGAUAACGAGGUGUACGUGUUUGGGCUGAACUGCAGUAACUGUUUGGGAACAGGGGACAGCACGAGCACCAUUGUUCCUAAAAAGUUAGACUCCCUGAGUGGAAAGAAGUUGGUCAGUCUAAGCUAUGGAAGUGGGCCACAUGUUCUUCUUGCUACAGAGGAGGGCCAGCUGUAUGGGUGGGGACACAAUGGGUACAGUCAGCUUGGAAAUGGGACUACCAAUCAGGGAGUGUCUCCUGUGCUCGUGACCACAAACUUGCAGAACAAGAGGGUGAUCGAGGUGGCUUGUGGAUCUCAUCAUUCAGUUGCCCUGACCCAUGAUGGAGAGGUGUUUGCUUGGGGCUAUAAUAACUGCGGUCAAGUGGGAUCAGGAUCCACGGCCAACCAGCCCUCACCACGCAGGGUCUCCAGCUGCCUCCUUAACAAAGUAGUUGUCAGCAUAGCGUGUGGUCAGACCUCCUCCAUGGCGGUAACAGACAACGGAGAGGUGUAUGGUUGGGGUUAUAAUGGUAAUGGACAGCUUGGGUUGGGGAACAAUGGAAAUCAGCUCACACCAUGCCGUCUAGCAGCGCUGCAGGGUGUUUGUGUCUUACAGAUUGCCUGUGGUUAUGCCCACACAUUGGCACUAACAGACGAGGGACUGUUGUAUGCGUGGGGAGCCAACACUUAUGGCCAGCUUGGUACCGGCAACAAGAGCAAUCAACUCAGUCCUGUUCAAGUCAUGGCUGAGAAAGAGAGGAUUGUGGAGAUAGCAGCAUGUCACUCCACACACACCUCAGCAGCGAAGACACAGAGUGGCCGGGUGUACAUGUGGGGCCAGUGCAGAGGUCAGUCCAUCGUAUUACCCCAUCACACACACUUCAGCUGCACCGACGACGUCUUUGCCUGCUUCGCAACACCAUCCGUCAUGUGGAGACUCCUGUCCAUGGAGCACGAUGAUUUCCUGACUGUGGCUGAGUCUUUGAAGAAAGAGUUUGACAGUCCCGAGACCUCAGACCUCAAAUUCAGCAUAGAUGGCAAAUUCAUUCACGUGCACAAAGCAGUGCUUAAAAUCAGAUGUGAACACUUCAGGUCAAUGUUUCAGUCCCACUGGAAUGAAGAUAUGAAAGAGGUGAUUGAGAUCGAUCAGUUCUCCUACCCCGUCUACAGGUCCUUCCUCGAGUUCCUCUACACGGACACUGUAGAUCUUCCUCCAGAGGAUGCUAUUGGAUUACUGGAUCUGGCAACUUCGUACUGUGAAAACAGGCUGAAGCGACUGUGUCAGCACAUCAUAAAGCGGGGCAUCACUGUGGAAAAUGCUUUCUCUCUGCUUUCUGCUGCAGUCAGAUAUGAUGCUGAGGAUCUUGAGGAAUUCUGCUUUAAGUUCUGUGUGAACCACCUGACCGAGGUGACUCAGACAGCAGCGUUCUGGCAGAUCGACGGGAACAUGCUGAAGGAGUUUAUCUGUAGAGCCAGCCGCUGUGGAGCUUUUAAAAACUGAUACACAUACCAGAGCUAACUUUUAUCAUGAGUGCAGCUGUUACUCCAAACUCAUCCACACCACUAGAGGGCACUGUUACUAUGUGUUUAUUGGAUUUAUUAUUAUUAUUUUUGGUUAGUUUUGCUUGAAUAUUGAUAACUGUUAUAGAGCAGCUGGAGAAUGGAUGCUUUUUGUCAUGAACAAAUCUUUAACAAAGGAUUUUGAACUUAUCUUGAUGGACAUCAUUAUGUCUUUUAUGCUUCAGUGUUGGUACUGUAUGAAUACAGAUGAAUAACUAUUGCA